CGGAAAAGAACAGCAAGUGAGAGACCACGAGACCACGCAUUCCACCCCGGCUUGCAGAUGAAACCAGCUGUCAAGCCAGGGUGAAGGAUCAGUGGCCAGGGAAGAGAUCCCCGCAGGCUGCAGAUGGGAGAGGCAAGGCCCGGCGGUGGAGCCGCGAGACGUGACUUCCACCGAACUGGCUCAUGAAGGAGAAACAGGAACACACCAGUCCAUGCUGGACAAGAAUGACACCACCUUCCAGCCUCUGCCUGCUUCUGCUCGGAGCACUGGGCAUCUUUGCACUUGGCCACUUCACCAAAGGUCAGAAGAACAGCACGCUGAUCUUCACAAAGGGAAAUACCAUUCGGAACUGCAGCUGCCCUGUAGACAUCAGAGACUGUGACUACAGUUUGGCCAACUUGAUGUGCAGCUGUAAAUCUGUCCUUCCUUUUACCAUGGAGCAAAGCAGCUAUCAUGACCAUCUGACCAUCUGGUUCACAGAUACGUCCACACUGGGCUACCUGCUGAAGUUCACUCUGGUCCAGGACUUGAAGCUUUCCUUGUGUGGUUCCAACACCCUCCCUACCGAGUACCUGGCUAUCUGUGGGCUGAAGAGGCUUCGCAUCAAUGCUGAGGCCAAGCAUCCCUCCCGGGAGCAGAGCUUGCUCAUCCACAACAGAAGGGAAGGCGGUUCCUUGUACAAAGGCUGGCAAACAUGUAUGUUCAUCUCAUUCUUAGAUGUGGCUCUUUUCAACAGGGACUCAUCUUUAAAGUCAUACAGCAUUGAUAACAUUUCUAGCCUCACCAGUGACUUUCCUGAUUUUUCUUACUUUAAAGCUUCCCCAAUGCCAAACAACAAAAGCUAUGUUGUCACCAUCAUCUACUAGCAUCUACCCACCAGGAACUCUCAAAAACAGACGGGCCUUUUGAAGAAGGAAUCUGGGGAGAAGGCCAUGAGACAGGUGUGUUUAUUCCGUCCCUCAGCCUCCAUUUACAACAAAGCCACACCUAAGAACAGCCAGUUUCCUGUGCUCCACUUCCAGUGCUGGGAGCUAUGUGACUCCCGAGACACGUCCUGAGGGCCAGCGAGAAGCUAGGUCUCUAUAACUGUCGGCCUGCGGAGAGGUGCCAGGCUAGAAGGGAGAGGGCAGUGCCCACCAGGCACUAUUUAUUGGAGCCCAGUAUAGGCAUGGCCCCAAGGAAGGGAUCUUUUCUCAGAAUACAGUAAUCCUUCCUUACCUGUGUGGGUACAUUCCAGGACCCUGAUGAUGCCUGACUGAGCCAACAGUACUCAACCCUGUGCCUACUGUAUUUUUCCUAAAUGUAAGAGACUUAUGACAAAAUCUAACUUAUAAAUUAAGAUCACUGUGGGACUAACAAAAAUUGUAACAUACUGUAAGAAAGUUAUGCAAACAUGCUCUCACACACUAUUACAUAGUACUCACUCUUUCCAUGACGAUGGCUUCUCUUUGGCGUAGCCAAAUUUCUAGCGUUGCUGCUUUGCGUGUGAUGGCAAUUAUGGAGUAAAACACGGACUUCUGAAUACUAACAUGGUAGUCACAAUAGUCGGUUAAAUAACAGAGACAAGCCACUGAGUGCCUGAUGGUUGAGAGUGUGUAUAGUGUUUCUGUGACAGGCAAGGGGAUGAUGAUUCAUGUUCUUCACACUCCUCAGAACAACUCAAAGUUGACUUCUGACUUCUAAGUGAAACUACAGAUCAGGGACCACUGUGCCUUUUUUCCUUUUCUUCUUCAUUUUGUGACAUGGUCUGGAAUUCCCUGAGUCAAAAAUGAUAGAUUUCAGAGGUUUGAGGACCUAAAUUCCUCUAAACGACAAAUUCACUCAGGCCGAUAUUUUCCAAAUAGUUGUGAAGAACAAAUGCAUUGAGAAAUUGGCAUUUUAAAGGUGUAUUUAUGGAUAUUGGAAAAGUAGAAUGUUAAGGACUGGGUGGAUCCUUAACACUAAAGAAUGCCUUGGGGUUCUAAGAGAGGGCACACAAGUGAAAAUACACCAGACACCACACACUUAACUCAAACUUUUGCACAAAGUGCUGCUCCAGGCAAGGUUCUUUCCUGGUCCCCCCUUUCACAGAGCACAGCCUGGAAAAGG